AUGGACACAGAUGUUACUGUUGUCUUGUCUUUAGUCCUUGGACUUAUUAUUAUCAUGUAUUUUUUGUUUCAGCCAAGAAAUCCAAAUUCCCCACCUUUUAUCCGCGGCUGGAUCCCUUGGUUUGGAGCUGCAUUUCAGUUUGGGAAAGCUCCUCUGAAGUUUAUAGAACAAGCCAGAAUCAAGUAUGGACCAGUGUUCACCGUGUACAUUCUGGGAAAUCGAUUCACCUUUGUGACUGAGAUAGAGGAUGUUCUUGAAUUUCUGAAGUCUAAAGAAGCAGAUUUGGAUGAAGCAGUGCAGCAAGCCGUCCAACGCACAGUUUCAAUCUCCAAAGAAAGCUUUCAUCAGAACCGUAGCAUGUUCUUCAAAUUGAUGGUACAACAACUGAGUUCCUCUAACCUGCAUCAGUUCUCUGAGACUCUGUGUAAAGAAUUCAGCGAGCACGUGGAGCAUUUGGGCAAAGAAGGAACUGAGGAUCUCUGUGACCUAGUAAGGCAUAUCAUGUAUCCAUCAGUAAUGAAAACCCUGUUUGGGAAAAGGUUCUGUCCAACAACUGAGGAGUUUGAAAGGCAUUUUCAGAAUUACGAUGAAGGAUUUGAAGUCGGGUCCCAGAUGCCUGAAUUUUUUUUAAGGAACUGGUCUAAAUCCAAAACUUGGUUACUUAACGUAUUUGAAGGGAUUGCAACAGACAUAAAGAAAGACAAAUCUUCAGAAAGUGGCUCUAAGACACUAAUACAGCAUGUCCUGGACAAUUUGCAAGGAAAUGGAGCGUCCAGUUAUUUGCUGCUCUUGUUCUGGGCUUCCCAAGUUAAUGCUGUUUCAGGUGCCUUUUGGACCCUGGCAUUUAUACUAUCCAACCCUUCUGUUUACAAGAACAUCAUGGAGGACAUAGGUUCUGUUUAUGGCAAAGCAGGGGAAGCUAGGAUUGAAGUCUUUGAAGAUGACCUUAAGAAACUCUCAUCAAUUAAGCAGUGUGUUUUGGAAGCCUUACGGCUAACAGCCCCAGGUUCAAUCAUAAGGAAAGCAAUGAAGCCACUAAAAGUUCAGAAUUUUGUCAUUCCACCUGGUGACUUGCUGAUGGCAUCUCCUUAUUGGUUGCACAGGAAUCCAAAAUAUUUCCCUGAGCCUGAAAUGUUUAAGCCUGAUCGUUGGGAAGAGGCAACGUUAAAGAAGAAUGCUUUCUUGGACGGCUAUUUGGCAUUUGGAGGAGGAAAGCACCGGUGUCCAGGAAGAUGGUUUGCUCUAAUGGAGAUUCAUAUGUUAGUUAUUAUACUCCUUUAUAAAUAUCAGCUUACUCUUUUGGACCCAAUGCCAAAGCAGAGUCUUCUCCAGUUAUCAAGGGUGUGUCACCCCGAUGGACCAUGCAGAGUGCAGUAUAAACUCAGAGAAUGAAAAUUUUAUUUUAUUA